GUCAGGCGCAUUUAAUCCCAAACUAUAAAACACAACCGAAUAAAUUCACUUCUGUCUGCAGGCUAGUCUCUAAAUAAAUGCUGUAUUUGUUUGAACAGACUUUUUUCUUGAAUUGACCUCAUGAAGCAGAUAUUCAGAGGGUUUUUCGUUGCAGGCAGCAGCAGAGAUCUGAACACUCCCUGCUUUCCCUGUUGGCGCUGAACCGUGAAUCCUCUGUUCACUAAAAUCCACACAUUCAUCCGCUGCAGUCGAUAAUUCAGAGCUUUUUUUUCCUCACAUGCCAAAUCUUCCUGAACCAAAAAAAUCAAAGAUACUUACCUUCCAGAGGAGACAACAGUCAGGCAGCAUCUUUAACUUUAAAUAAUCUGGAAUUUGGAGCAUAAAUGAGACAGAAUACUUCUUGAAACAAAGCUCUUGGAAGGGAUGAAAAUGCUCCUUCAUUUCAGGGUUAUUAUUUCAUAGCUUAUGCUCCUGUUUAAAUGCAAUUAGACGUUCUAUUGUUUUAAAUCUAUAAAACUCUUUUUUGUGAAAUACACAGCAUCGAUUUGAGCUUUCCGGGAACUCCCUUCACAUUCUUAACACUUGAUAUUUGGAAAAAAAAGAACUCAGGUGGACACAGUUGAAAAAAGAGGCAAGCCAAUCAGAUUGCGCCUUCCCCCUUUGGCCAAUGACAGACGCCACAUUGUUGUCAAAUUUGUCUAAUGAAAACGUAGGAGCAACAAUAGAGAGAGGAGAGAGGAUCUGUAUCACUGACAAUCUCUGGAGGAAGUUAGUGUCUCAGGCUGCGGCGGGAACAGCUCAGCUCCUCCCGGACAGACUCGCCUCAUCUCGGGUAGGAAUGAUCGCUGUGCUCGGAUUUAAAGUCGUCUGCUUCUAGUCACACUUUGGUUUCUGCUGCUCACCACUUCUGGGACAGUUUCGAUCCGUUUUUUAUUAAUAGAAAUAAGUGACUUCAGCUGCAGCCCAGAGAUGUUGAGCCCCGCGGAGCAGAUGUGAUCAGCUCAGCAGCAGUUCCACCGAAACAGAUCGUUCGUUCAUCGUCGUUUUCUUCUGUAAAGUUUUAGUUCUGUCAGUGAAGAACACGGAAAUGGAUCUGAGACCGGAGCUCCCCACCGUCUCCUCGGCCUCUCAAGUCCACCCCGGAGCGGCAGCAGCGGCCGCGGCGGCCUCCAUCCCGGUGUCCAUGGCCGGGAACCUGCUGCGCGGCCCUCCGCUCAUCCUGCGCGCCGCGGACAAGUACCCGCGCACUCCCAAGUGUGCGCGCUGCAGGAACCACGGCGUGGUGUCCGCGCUGAAGGGCCACAAGCGCUACUGCCGCUGGAAGGACUGUAUGUGCGCAAAGUGCACCCUGAUCGCGGAGAGGCAGCGGGUGAUGGCCGCCCAGGUGGCGCUGAGGCGGCAGCAGGCGCAGGAGGAGAACGAAGCCCGGGAGCUGCAGCUGCUGUACGGCACCGCGGAGGGGCUGGCCCUGGCCGCCGCCAACGGCAUCAUCCCGCCGCGUCCCAACUACGAGGUGUUCGGUUCCGUCAACAGCGAGAGCAACUCAGAUUCGAGCAUCCAGAAGUACGAGCUGUUUCCAAAGAGCCAGCUGUCCGGCUCCGCCACCCCGCAGCAGUCCGCGGGGAAACCGGCGUCCACCGAGAGUGACUCAGCUCCGGGCAUCUCCUCCCCGGACGGCCGGCACGGAGGCUCGGGCUCAGAGAACGGAGACAGCGAAUCGUUCAUCAGCUCUCCGGUGUCGAAGCCGUUAAAGGACGGAGAGGAGACUCCCGGCUCCGUCAGCUCCCUCGGCUCGGACUCCGGCUCCGAGACCGACAAAGACGAGCAGGAGCCGUCUCCUUCCUCCGCGGCCUCCCGCCACAUGAACGCCAUCGACAUCCUGACCCGAGUGUUUCCGAGCCACAAGCGCAGCGUGCUGGAGCUCGUCCUGCAGGGCUGCGGGAAAGACGUGGUUCAGGCCAUCGAGCAGAUCCUCAAUAACAGCGGCGCUCAGGGCGCCAACAAGGCCGGGCCCGAGGAGACGUGGACGGCGGAGAGGAUGCUCCAAAACGCGCAGCAGCCUCCUCCGUCCUCAGCCACCACCACUGCCCCGACCAGGCCUAUGCUGCCCGGAGCCAUGACGCUGAGUAACCGCUCUGCGUUCUCUCCCCUGCAGCCAAACGCCCCGCACUUCGGCGCAGACCCCAGCACCUACCCCCUGGGCACCCACCUGGGACUGAACCCGCUGCGGCUGGCCUACUCAGCGCACAGCCGGGGACUGGCUUUCAUGACGCCCUACUCCACCACCGGCCUGAUGCCCACCCUGGGCUUCAGACCCCCGAUGGACUACGCGUUUAGCGACCUGAUACGGGACAGGACGAUGUUACACAAGGAGCAGGGCUACGCCAGCGGCCUGUACGGGCCUCUGGUGAACAACACGCCGGACAAACAGUGAGGCGGCCGGCUGCGCUCAGAGACACAUUCCGCUGUAUUUGUAGCCACAAGUGUUGAAAAUCAGUGACGUAUUUUGGCUACAAGAUGCUGUACAUAAUAGGAUUAUCUGGCUUGUAGUCAAAUGGUCUGAGAGGGAAAAAACUAAACUCACUGAUGUGUAAUUUUCAAAAAUAAUUUUAUAUGUUAGGCUACAAAAAAGUUUGGAUGACAUCCCCCAUGUAUCAGUGAAAUAACCGAAAUUUAUUUAUAGAAUCCAAAAAUAAAUCACGAUCAGUCUGGAAAAUAAAAAAAAUUAAACCCAGACAAAAAGGUAAAAACUACACACAUGAUUUUAUUACAGAUUUCUAUGUCAAAUCUGUACCGAAGAAAUUAUUUAUCAGAGGGUUUUGGCUGUUGAAAGCCCUUCAGAUUUUACAGCUGGUUGGUAAAUGCAUUUUCUUCUCUCUCUCUCUCACACACACGGGAUAUUAAACACAGAAAAAUUUAAGUUAUUAAAUAAAACAUGUAGCUUCUAAGGAUGUUAACCUCAUUCCCUGCUGUAAAAGUUGAACUAAUGCUGUGUAAAUGCCAUUCAUUUUUUUCCUUAUGUAUUUUUUCCAGUUAUCUCACUCUUUUUUUUAGUUUGUUUCCAACUUGCCUGUAUUAUAUAUUGCAUUUGGUAAUAUGAAAUGCUAUGCUAUAUUUGACUUUUCAUUUAUCCGUUAGUCAGCUCCAAUAUUUUGUGACAACGUGCUGGAUCAAGUCAGUUCUUCUUCAAAUGUUACAAGCUGUGCUGUCACAUUGUAUGAAUAUUCUGAAAAUAAAUGUUAUUUUAAAGAAAACGGUGGAAACCCAUAAA